AUGAGCAAGUUUGCUCGCCUGUCGCAAGCGGCGCAAGGUGCAACAGGAAGUGCCGGCUAUUCUGGCGCGCCUGCUCCAUACUCGCCGCAACCACCCACCACCCAGUAUCCGCAGCCACCGUCAUCACCGUACACACAACCUCCGGUGCCUCCUCGACCAGGCGCAUCGCCUCAGCCAUAUCAGCAACCAUCCUGGCAAGCGCCUCAGCCGCAGCAGACACCAUAUGGACAGCAACUUGGCCCGCCGCCACAGGCAGGAGGAUAUCAAUCACCACAACCACAAGCGGCAUACACCUCGUACCAGUCGCAAUAUCAACAACCUCCAACGGCUGGAUAUGGAUAUGGUGCUCCUCCAGGACAAGGUCAACCUCCCUACCCAAGUGGCCCAGCACAGGGCGGCCCACCACCUCAGCAGUACGGCGGUGCUCCAGGCGGACAAUACGGUGGCGCCCCUGCUGCACCAGUAGGCAAUGUUCAGGCCUACAAAAGUUUACUACAGGCCACAAUUCAAGAGAAGGCACUGCAGAAUUUCUACCCACCGGGUUCCCCAAUUCUUGACCAGAUUGCCAAUCGAGGUGCUCAGCAAGUUGCGCAAUUGGCUCAGACAUGGCGCAUCAAUCCGGAGAUUGCCUCCGACAUUGUCAAGCUGGCCUUGUACGAUGUAAUCUUGUACAUUGACGACAGCGGCAGCAUGCAGUUCGAGGAGAACGGCGAGCGUAUCGACGAUUUGAAACUGAUACUGUCACGUGUCGCAUACGCUGCUUCGUUAUUCGAUGAAGACGGGAUCCAGGUCCGCUUCAUGAAUUCUCCAGAGCAGGGCAACGGCAUUCGCAACGAACAACAAGUCAAUGAGCUGAUUUCUCACACGCGUUUCUCAGGCCUCACCCCAAUGGGUCGAGAAUUGCAAGCCAAGAUUUUAGGACCAUUGGUGCUGGACGCAGCACGACGCGGAACUUUACGCAAACCGGUCUUGGUCAUCACGAUCACGGAUGGGCAACCAACAGGUGAAAACUCAUCUGACGUGGCUAGGAUUAUUAAGGCUGCCUCGGACGAGCUGGCUAGAAACCCUCGAUACGGCAAGGGCGCGUUGGCGUUUCAGUUUGCACAGGUGGGAAAUGACUUGAAAGCCCGCGAGUUCUUGAGCAAGCUCGAUGAGGAACCCGGCAUUGGUGAAAUCAUUGACUGCACAUCCAACUACGAAGUCGAAGCCGACGAAAUGUCCCGGGCAAACCCUCCUGUCCAGUUGACGCCUGAACUUUGGUUGAUCAAGUUGCUUUUGGGCGCGAUCGACUCAUCCUACGACACGAAAGACGAAAAGAGCGCUGCACGACCUCCUCAAGGUGGCUAUGGCGGUCCAGCAGGCGGUUACGGCGCCCCUCCCGGUGCUGGUGGCUACGGCGGCGGAUACCCCCCUCAAGGCGGUUAUGGAGGACAGCAACCGGGUGGAUAUGGCCAGCCACAAGGAGGGUACGGACAAUCACAAGGCGGAUAUGGUCAACAACAAGGUGGUUACGGCAGACCUCCACCAGGUGCUCCUCAGGGAUACCCACCACAGCAAGGCGGCUAUGGUGCACCUCCACCACCUCCGAGAUAUUAG